CUCAUAUUCACCACAAUCGCUUUUGGCAUCGCCGCUGGAGCUGCCGGUGAACUGGGAAGAGUUUUCAUCGACUUCUUUGAGUCUCUUGGCAAUACUGUUCUCAUUCUCAUGCGUUGGUUCUUGCAGAUCACACCGGUGGGAGUUUGCUUCAUGAUUGCGGGAUCGGUUGUGGACGUGGAUGAUGUGGCCGCCACUUUCCAGGGCCUCGGUCUCUUUAUGGCUACAGUGCUGGUGGCGUUGGCCAUACACAUGCUUCUGCAAAUGGUUGUCUAUGCCCUCGCUUCCUUCCGCAACCCUUUUCGCCUCAUGUUAAUGGGUUUCAGAGUCUUCCUUUUAACUUUUAUCACCACCUCUCCGUGA